UUUAUAUCUUUUUCUCGUUGAUCAGCUUAGUAUAUAAGCCAUCGCCUGGCACUUAAACACUUAUCAGACAAUAUUCAGUAGUUUGGUGAACGCGUGUCGGCAUCUCUCGAAGGAAGAAACGAAAAUUUGGAUACGAUUUAAAAAAUAAACUGAAGUUGAGAAAUCCAGAAAAUGAAAUCAAUCGUUUUGUUGCUGGCAUUUGCCGCUGUCGCAGUUAGUGAAGACAUUAUUGCAGUUGUGAAGCUUUUACCCCAUGAAGAUACCAACCCUGUCUCUGGAAAUCUUAGAUUAGUUCAAAGUGAUUCUUCUGGACCCGUAACUGUAACUGGAACAAUUACUGGACUCACUCCAGGAAAACACGGGUUUCAUGUUCAUGAGAAAGGUGAUCUUUCUAAUAAGUGCCUUAGCACCGGUGGACACUUUAAUCCUACAAAUCAAGUACACGGAGCACCAACAGAUACUGUCAGACAUGUUGGGGAUCUUGGAAAUAUUGAAGCCAACGCUGAUGGUGUUGCUGACAUAGACAUUGUUGAUAAUGUGAUUUCGUUAGUUGGUACAAACAACAUUAUUGGACGCGGUGUUGUUGUUCAUUCGAAUGUUGAUGAUCUCGGCAAAGGAGGACAUGAGCUGUCACCCAUUACCGGAAAUGCUGGGUCUCGUGUAAGCUGCGGAGUUAUUGAACUUGAGUAAGCGAAACAAUAUCGUGAUGAAUUUUUGUUCCAAUGAGUUUUUUACCCGACAGAUUGACUUAAAUUAAGAACAGCCGAAAAAUAACUCUGGGGUAUAAUGAGCCCCUUAAAAAAAAAAAAAUUACUUCUUUUGUUUAAAAUUUUUAUGCUUUGUCUACUAUGAUAACCUAUUGAUAAAUCAAUCGUUAUCAAAAUUAAAUUAUUUGAAUUGUAAUGAUAAUAAAAAUUAUUUUAAAGAUUUUCACAG